AUGACAGUCAGGGCCGAGUUGGCAUGCAUUGAAUCAACUGCGAUCGUUCACACAUACUUAUAUGCUCCCUCUUCUCACCUUUCCUUCAUCAUGACUACGCUGUCCCCGUUGCCCAAUCCUGAAGUUGAGCUAAGGAUGGCAGGCUAUCGACUGCCCAUUCGUCCAGGCAUAGAACGAGACUCGGCCUGCCUCGACGUAAUUGAAAUCUGGUCGGGAAAUGUGAAUAUCAUGCUCAGAACAGAUGUCGACAGUCUUUGGAAGCAUCUCCUAAAGGGUGAUGAAGCGUCGGAGGGCAAAGCGAUGCAACAAUUCCGAAUAAUAUUCGUCGAAGAUGAAGCGUACGGUGAUACCAGUCACCUCAUGAAGAACGUCCCGAGAGGACUGAACAAGACUGCGUACUGGUUUUACCAACAUUUCGACGUCUCAGUGACGUUCUUUCAACAUAUCAGUCCCAAUGCAGCUUACCGCGUCACAGGGAAUGGUUGUUUCACAAGAUACGACAAAGAGGGAAAGGCCAUUGCCAUCGACGGUUUCUACUCGAACUCGGGUGGUCUCUUGCCGAACCCAACCCAUGUCUGGUUCUCUCACAGCGUCUUGAAACCAAAACAAUCGACGUAUAUCAUCUAUAAUUGCUCUCCGACGGCCAAGCAGCUCCUCUUCACAUGCGCCGAAACUCAAGAGUGCUCGUUGCUCCGGCCUUUCGCUGUCGAGGCAUUCAUGCAAGAAGACUACCUUGAGAAGUGGACAAAUAGGUUGUCAGAGCUGCGACCGAAGCUGAUUCACUAUGAAAGCGAGCUCUCGCACACCACUUUCACUCCGCUCCAAAAUGCCAGAGCAGUGGAAGAGCUCCACAACCUCUCGCAACAUUUGCACGUCGCCCGCGACAACUUCAUCGAUCUGAAGAAGAAAGUCCAGUUCUUCCUUGAUGCACGAGACCGCUUUCUCGAACUCUCGGGACCUCACUUCACCGUUCCACGGCAGGAUGUUACCACCAUAAGCGACUCAUUCUCCUUGAUCGAUUCACGAGGAGACCACGGCUUGCGCUGGGCCUCUAAUUAUAACGAGCGAACCAGCAUACGCAUCAACUUAUGCUUCAAUCUCGCCACGCAGGCGGAUAGUCGCACUAACUUGGGUAUUGCUCGUCUAACCGGAAGGAUAUCUGUUUCGGCCCAGCGGGACAAUGCGUCUAUGAUAACGAUCGCGGCGGUGACAAUGUUCUUCUUACCUGGGUCCUUUGUCUCAGCGCUCUUCAGCAUGGUGUUCUUCAACUCAGAGAACAAAGAGGAUGGCCAUAUCGCCCUCCUCGUUUCACCCCAAUGGUGGCUCUUUCCGGCCAUCGCCAUCCCACUAACGAUUCUCGUGUUCCUAAUCUGGAUCGCCUGGAGGAGACGUAGGAAUUCUGCCGCCUCGUUCGAAGACAUUACGAAGACUUGGGGCAAUUGA